AGUGGCCGUUAGCUCGGUGUAUAGCUCCACUAUAGCUUUUAUAUAUACCUGCUGUUUUUAAUGAUUUAAGGAGAUACAAAGGAAAAAAUAAAUCAACCUGGGAUGCCAGUAUUAUAAAGAAGAAAAACACGCCUCAACUUGAGAAAAAAGAAGAGAGAGCGACGAAGCACUUGCACCGGCGGAGAUACAUUAAGAAAGGUGAGAGGCUGAGAGAGCGAGGGAGCGAGUGAGAGAAGGAAAAGAGAGAGAGAGAGAGAGAUGGAGCAGCAGAGACAGAGAGCUCUCUCCACAUCAGGAGAAUCUCUCUACGCCGUGUUGGGAGUCGAUAAGAGCGCCACGACAGAGGACAUCAAGAAAUGUUACAGGAAACUUGCGUUGAAGUUUCACCCGGACAAGAACCCCGACAAUCCAGACGCGGCCGAGAAGUUUAAGGAAAUCAACAACGCCCACUCGAUCCUGGCCGACACCACCAAGAAGAACAUCUACGACAAAUACGGCUCGCUGGGGCUUUACGUCGCUGAACAGUUCGGAGAGGAGAACGUCAACACCUACUUUGUUCUGUCCAGCUGGUGGGCCAAGGCGUUGUUCGUGUUCUGCUGCGUGUCCACCGGCUGCUAUUUCUGCUGUUGCCUGUGCUGCUGCUGUAACUGUUGCUGCGGUAAAUGUAAACCUCGGCCGCCCAUGGACCAGGAGCCCGAGUUCUACGUCUCCCCCGAGGACCUGGAGGCCCAGAUGACCGCUGACGAGAGAGAUGGCGGUGAUCCCAUCAUGAUGCAGCCGUCCUCCGCCACAGAAACCACCCAGCUCACCUCUGAUCCCCACCAAAGCUACAGGACCGAAGCAUACUAAACACAUACACACACACACACACACACACACACACACACACACACACACACACACACACACACACACUGUUUUCUUUCCUCUUCAUCCACAACAACAGCAGCAACAAUUAAUCCUACCAAGACACACACCAGCAAAUAUAUUUACAUACCAUCAUUUUACAUCCAGGUCAGCUCAAACUGUGACCUUUGACCUUUGAACCUGGAAGUGAAGAAAGGAGGGGAGGAAAAAACAGAGGAGGAAGAAAAAAAACCAGAUAAACAGACACUAAUGACCAAAAACUUUAAAAAUUUAGACCAAAAGGAUGAAAAAAGGAGUGUUUUAACAUCUUUCUUUAAGAGGGACGAACUUACAAAAAAUGAACUUUACAACCAAAUUUAGGUUUAUUACUUUUUUCAGAUCCAUUUAAACAUCUUCUAUCAGCUGCUUGUGUCUCUUGAGUGUAAACCAGGAGCUUCAACUUCAACAUCAGUCAACUCAGACACUUUCAAACCAGCAUUUUUAACACCUUAAAAUGUUUAAAUCCUUCAUAUCUAGUCAUUAAAAGUGUCUCGAUGUUAAAGAAUCAGUCAGAAAACUCUUUCAGCUUGAGUCUUCUUCUUUCUCUCUCUGGCUGGAAGUAGGUCAAUGAUCCUGCCUGUAGGUUCAGCGAAGGGUUAACGGGUCUCGGCUGCUGCUGCUGCUGCUGCUGGUGGUGUUUAGCCCACCCCCCCUCAGUGUGGGAGUGUGGGAAGCCUCUCGAACAGGUGCAGCGCUGGUAUCGAUUCCCCCUCCCUCGUCUUUUAAACAUUAAAGCAGCUUCAAUCUGGGUUAACAGGGUCAAUACAUCUCCUCUAAAGUUAUUAAAAGCUUUAUAUUGUUAUAACAGAUGUUCUCUAUAAUACCAUCCAGGAGAGAGUUUAUAAACAUCUGGAUUAAUUAUGGUUGAUAAAUGCAGCAUGGCAGCAGUUCUCCGUCCUCCAGUAAUGUUCUGAUCUGAGAUUAAAGCAUAGAAGAGAUUCCUGCAGUUUUCCAUGAAGGAAUCAUAUUAAUCCAAUCAGCUGCUGGGAAGGAAUCUGACACAUGUGAUCAUGAAUGAACAAAUAGCUGGAAAUCAACACCAACCAGCUGAAUGUCCUCAUAAUGAUAUAAUAUAAUAUAAUAUAAUAUAAUAAUCCUGGGUCCAUUUUUUAAAAGUCUUUUAAAAGUAAUCGCUUCUCCUCCUCUAUAACUUCCUCUCUCCUCUUCUUCCUCACUUUAUAUUUAACCCUAAAUCCACUUUGUUUUAAUCAAUAUAAGAAGGGUUUGUACGGAAGUGUAUCGCGUUCACUUAAAGCUGUUUUUUUUCUGAAUUAAUGAGAUCAUUUUUUUCCUGUUUUUCUGAAUAUAUAAAAGAUCAUUUAACACUAAACAUUUUAAAUAUUCAGAAAAACAGGAAGAAUGAUUUUGUUAAUUCAGAUAUACGUGGAAAAAUAUUCAAAGAAAACAGGAAGAUUCUUCUCGUUAAUUUAGAAAAAUGGAAAAAAUUAUCAUUAAUUCUGAAAAACGGGGGGAAAAAUAUUCAGAAAAACUGAAAUAAUUAUCUCGUUAAGUCAUAAAAAAAGAGAAACUUUUGGUUAAUUGAUAAAAACUGAGCUUUUUUUUAAUGUUUUUAAGUGAAUUAAAUACACUUCCACAUAUUUGAGCUCCCAGUUUCACAUUGGCAGCUGCGUUGUCAGUGUUUCUUUACAUUACCGUUACCAUAGUUACCCUGAAAAAAGAGCAUUAACACACACAUAUAAACACUGAUUGAGCCCCUUUUUGUUUUUCUUUGUUUUUCUUUUUGUUUGUUUGUUUUUAGUUUUACAUUUUUGUUUUGUUUUGUGAGAAAGUUAAAAAAAAAAAAAAAAAAAUGUUGUACAUGUCGUGUAAACAUGUUUGUUUUAGAUUUUAUGUCACCGUAUUUCUUUCUGAGUCGGUUUGGAAAAUUUGAAAAACACUUGUUUCUAUUCGUCUGUAGAUUGAUUUUAUUUUUGGGCUUUUUUUUCUUCUUCAUUGUUUCAGUUUUUCUUAUUUAUGUUGUUUGUGUUUUAUGUUUUAAUGAAGGGAGGAUUUUUUUUUUUUUUUUUUUUUUGAUAUCCAAAGUCUUACUCGUUUCCGUGGCAACAGUUUUAUAGACGAAUACAAUCAUCACAGCGGACGAAGAACACUUUAAAACAAUCGUGACAUCAUCGUAGAAAACACAGAAACAUCGUAGAUUGUUUUUCUUUUUAUCGCUCUAUCUAAACACACUCAUGUAUUUUAUGCAUAUCAUGAGAAAGUGCAAUAAGCGCUAAUUAGUGCUAAUUAAGUCUCUUCUGUCGCUGUCGUCCCCUAAAUCCUAAAAAACUCCUUUUUUUAUUUUUCACAGGUUGUUUCAGAGAAUCAGCUGAUCAAUAAAAAACCUUUAAAGAGAAAAAUCAUGAUUAAGAUGAAUGAAAUAAAGAUAAAUCAAGUUAUUUGAUGUGUCCUUUAAAUACUUGAAUUAACACCUCAAAUCCUGCUUUUACACAUGUUGCUUUAGUCUAAUUUUAUCCCUUUUUUAUGUUAAAAUGAUGUUUUUAAUUUGGAUUUUAAUACAAAAACGGCUCAAACGAGGCAUAAAAUAAAAAUAAACUCAAUUAAAAGACAUAAAACAAUAAAAAGAAUCAAAUCAAAUACAAUAAAUAAAUAAAUAAUCCAAUUAAGGGGUUAAAUCAAGUUAUUUGAUGUGUCCUUUAAAUACAUGAAUUAACACACAUUAACAUACCAAAUCCUGCUUUUACACACGUUGGUUUAGUCUCAUUUUAUCCCUUUUUUAUGUUAAAAUUAUGUUUUUUAUUUGGAUUUUUAAUUAGAAAAACGGCUCAAACG